AUGAAUGAUGUGAUCAUUACAAGUCCAUCUAUUUCUUUUGCCAUUAGUAAUGAUGUUUCUCGAUUUGGAAGCAUUGUGGAAAAUGAUAGUAUGCAAGAGUUUCGUGUUAUUGUUGAAGAUGUAACUGAUAAUCGGCCACCUGGCAUCCCUUCAUCUGUAGCAGUGAUGCCAUAUGUUCAAGAUGAAUCAAGUGAUGGAGUUUUAGUAAUUAGAAACAGAGAAAAUGAGAUUGUUGCUCAAUCUCAUAGCAAGGAUGUUGAGGAUGAUAAAGGAGUGAAUGGUGAACACCAUACAACAGUAGCUAAAGCUGAAGAUGGGAUGCAUGGUCUGCAGAUGAUGGGGACAUUAUCCACUUUUAUUGAGUAUAUGGUUAAUGGUUCACUUAGACAUGUUCUAUUGAGAAAAGAUAAAUCAUUUGAUCGGAGAAAGAGGCUUCUAAUUAUGCAAGAUGUUGCAGUUGGCAUGGAGUAUUUGCAUUGGAAAAACAUUGUUCAUUUUGAUUUAAAAUGUGAAAACUUGCUUGUUAAUUUGGGAGAUCCUCAUAGACCCGUAUGCAAGAUUGGUGAUUUUGGUUUAUCAAGAAUUAAACGGAACACACUUGUGUCGGGUGAAGUAAGAGGAACACUUCCAUUGAUGGCCCCGGAGCUUUUUAGUGUUCUUAACAAUCUAAUUUCCCUAAUCAUAUUUACUCUUAUGACAAUUUGUUAAUGUUAGCAUAUGAAGCUUUUGAAGGAAAGCAUACAUAACUAUGUAUUGCACUUAUGUGUUUUGACCUUUUUGCCCCUC